UGGCGGGCGCUGUGUUGGCACCCGGGUUGUGGCUCACGAGGAAACAAAAUGUUGCUCGCUGUGUGAUUUAGCAUGCAAUAACUCUGAAACCCAACGAGAUACUAAGUUUCCAUGAAAUAGUAAGCAGUCAUGUUUAAACUAGAAUCCUACAUAACUCCCUGGUUGCUAGGAUACCUGGAUAAAUAUGUUAAGCUUAAACCAGAAGAUUUCCAGUUAUCCCUCUGGGGAGGAGAUAUCGUGCUGAACAAGCUGGAGCUACGUACGAACAAACUGGAGCGCAUGAUUCACCUCCCUGUCACCUUUGUCAGUGGCCAAAUACACGAGCUACGAAUUCACGUGCCAUGGACACGACUUGGGUCUGAGCCAGUGGUUGUCACCAUUAACACAAUGGAGUGUAUAUUGAAAAUAAAGGACUCUACCCCUGAGGAGGCCUCCAGCAUGAAGUCAAGUGCCUCAAGUAAACAACUCGCCCAGAAGAAAGCAAAAAUUAAAGCCAAGCAGCUGCAGGAGGCAGAGGCCCUGCCCCCGGGCUAUCUCCAAAGCAUCCUGAACAGAAUCAUCAACAAUGUCAACAUCGUCAUCAACAACCUCAUCUUGAAAUUUGUUGAAGACGACAUUGUUCUGUCAGUGAAUGUCAAGUCUGCAGAAGUGUAUAGCGUGGAUGGUGAUUGGCUGAGAGCCUUUGUGGAUUUAGCGCAGCCAGAUUUGGUGCUGAGGAGGGUGAUCAAUUUCCAUGAUUUGACGGCAUGUUUGGAUAAAAGGAAUGCCAGUGGAAAGAUUGAGACAUAUCAGGAUCCCUUGGUCUACAGGUGCUCCGUGAUGUGCAGGAUCCACAUGACCUAUGACAGUCUCCACGCCAAGAUUCCCAUCACCACCAUGUUACACAUAAUGUGUGAGAAACUGGAUUUCUCUCUCACCGACACCCAGCUGCCGAUGUUUCUCCGUCUCAUCGAGCUUGUCUUGUCGCUCUACUAUGGCACACUGGAGCUGCCAUCUGGGCCGUCAGGUUCUGCAGAAGAGAAUCGAGAAAAUAGCGAAACUGAGAGUCAGGCUGAUAUGUCAGGAGUUCAGAACGAGACCUCCCAGGAAACACCACCAGAGGGCUCUGCUGAGGAGAGUUGGUCCUCAUGGGCAUGGUCCUGGGUUGCCCCGGCAACAGCCACAGAGGAGGAGGCUAAAGAAGAGGAGGAGGAGCUUAACUUGAAGAAGAAGAAGGACCUGCUGGUGCUUUCUCUGGGAGGGUACAUUAAGAAGGCGUCUCUGGUUUUUAAGCUAACUGACACAGUGACAGAAAGCCCAUACUACGGCCCUCAGAAAGUGGUGUUCACCCCUCUGAUGUGUCUGGAGACUGAGUCUAUCAGUGUAGAGCUACUGGUGAAAGGGUUGAUCUUCUUUGACAUGCAGUUUGGGAUCACCGCAGCCAGGAUCAUCAGUCUGGGGGAGUGUGUGUGCGGCAGGGUGGAUACUGAGAAUGGACAGGACCCCUGUUUCCUGGAAACGGGCAACUCCUCUCUGGAUGGAAAACUUGUAAACUUUAUCAGCAACUCCUUGUUUGACACCCAUAGUCCAGAGAAUAGAGGGGAGAAAUCUGAGUUUCUGUUCGACAGGGAGAAACACAAGAAAAAAUUCACAGAAGGUUAUGCCACCCAAAGGUUUGGAGCAUUUUGGAUGGACUAUCUUUACACCAUGGAGGAGCGAGACUCCCAUAGAAGAACCAGUCACCACAGUUCUAGGGCAAGCAGUGCCAGCAGUAGCAGUACUCACCUCACCCAGCACACAGAUGAUAACUACAAGGAGCUGUCCAGCAUGAAGUUUUUGUUUGGCACUGGUCAGUUAGUGGUCAAUAGCAGUAUGGUCCACAGGAUACGCAAGUUCCUUCACUGUGCUUAUGAUCAUGAGUAUGAGCCUUACUCUAAGCCAAAGCCAGAAGUGGUAGAUGAGAACCGCCCACAUCCUACAGAACACCAGGUGGCACUGAUGGAAGAGUUUAUCGCCACACAGUCGUACCACGUCACCCUUCAGAAUACCACCAUCCUCUACAUGGCUGCAGAUCACAACGACUGUGACAUAGCUAAGAAGAGGGUUACCACUCCAAGAAAAGCUAGAAAGAGUUCCACCAAGCAGAAGUCUGCCCCCAAGCUCUGCAUCUUACCAGUGUUAAAGUUUCAAGCCCAGAGAUUUGAUUACCAGAUCAACAGACCCAUGUAUGCCAGGCGAGUGGUCAAGUUGGUCAGUGCUAUGGCUGCCUCCAACCACCUGCUUGACCACUGUCACUCACAUACCACGGUGAAGGUUUUUGGUGCUCAGAUGGGCUUGUCUUGUUGGGACCCCCACCAGCAGGUGGCGCAGACUACAUUCAACCUGGUGCAGCCAUGGAGUGGGGCCUACUACAGGAAAACUCUUCUCCUGAAUCCCUACUGGAAGGAUCUGCACCAGGUAAGGUGGCAGUCUACCUGGGAGCUCCCCUCUAUAACACUGAAUGGAACCAAGGCACAGCUGCUGCUGGCACUACACCACUUAGCAUCAUGGAAGGUAGAUAAACCUGAACCUCGCAAACUACUACAGACAAGCUUAAUGGAUGAUGUCUUCAGUAGACAUGGUUCCCUGCCAGUGUUAGAGAUAUGUGUUAAUGGGGUGGAGUGGAAGAGAUGUUCCACAUCGUCAGACAGAGCAGCCAGUGGUAUCCUAGGGUCCAUAUAUGCUGCUGUAUUGACAAGGGAAAAAGAAAAAAAGGAGGAGAUCAGUCCAGUACUCUCUGGCCCAGUGGAGACAUCAGGACUGUACAUACCAUCUUUCUUUACUACUGAAGAGGCCCAGGAGGGGGUUCAGGCAGAGAUGAGGCACACUGAAGGGGGACUCGGCAGCAGCGUGGACUGCAUUACCUUCACGUGGCAAACUCCCAAAGACGUGGCCACACCUCUAGCACCCUCUGUAUUUCUGGCCAAUGUCCAGGGUAUUGUGUGUACAGUGGACCCUGUGUUACACGACUGGAUUAUAUAUGAACCCCACAACAAACAGGAAGAGGAGGAGCCUAAGGUAGUGAUUGACAGCAUGCUGGCUCAUGCCACAGUACCAUUGAAGGAAACAGGCUCAGGAAAAUCAAGCAGCACUGUGACCAUUCCCUCUGGCACCCCCUCAAGAUCCCAGACCACCACCACCAACACAAAACCAGUUGAUGUGGACAAAGAACAGAAAGGGGGAGAAGAAGAAGGAGAAGAGAAGAGAGAGAAAGGUUUGAAGGCUUGGUUGAGUAGGAUGUAUCAUGAUGUGAAGAUUAUGGAAGUUCAGGUUGACAUAUCCUCAAGUUGUGUCUUCUUCCCAAGUCGUCACCUCGUCUUUAUGGACCCCACGGCCAACUUACACACUGACCUCCGGUCACUCUACCAGGGGGCAGUAGGGGUUCCAGACACCCUGGUGGUCAGUCUGCCCAGUGUUCACCUGUGUAGUAUGGGCCAUAAGGCUAUAGAGGCAGUACAGGAAAUUCCUAUUAAAUUUCUACAGCAGUCUAUAGCAGGUGAGAAGCUCCCGUGGAACAUCCAGGUCUCAAACUUCAGCAUCUACAGCAUACACCCCGGCAAGGUGUCUUUACCUUUGGUCAAGCCGUCUGGACUGUCCACUACAAUAGCAGUGACCAGUAAAUACAACCCUCCAUCCUCAGAGCACCUGUCUUCUCUCAGUUUGUGUGUCCAUGCUGACAUGGGAGCAGUGCAUGCUGGGUGUUCACAGAAACAGGUCCAGCUUCUAGCUCAACUGACUGGUCAGCUAUUGUCCAUGUCAGACAGCGUCCUGUCCUCAGUGACCUCUGUCAAUAAUACCCUGGGGUCAAAGACCACACCCAGCAGUCAGCCACACCCUGAAAUCCCUGGGGCAGUGUAUCCUGGGGGUGAACUCCCUGUAGGUCAGAGGUCAGACCCUUCAGGGUCUCCACAACCGAAGGGGUUUAGGAGUGACCCGUCAUCUAGUCUGAUGGACACUGGGGAGAGCCUGCUGACCGACACCUCUGAUGGUUUGUUGUCCAGAGACCCUACACCAGUGAGAGAGACUGACCAGGGGGGCACAUUAAGACUGUCUCUGUGGCUGCAGUGGACACUGCCCAAACUGACCACCAAAUUGUAUGGGGUGGACAAGGCAGGGAAAGACCUAUGUAUAUCUCUGGAGGUGGAAGAUCUCACCACAUCUAUAGACAUACAGGAGGUCUACUCCAAAGUCAACUCCAAAGUGGGCGCCAUUUGCAUGUCCCAUUUGACAAGGAGCACUGGUGGAGAGUGGACCCCAGGACCAUUUGAGGGAAUCAUCUUAACCUGCCAAGACCAGCUGACCAAAAAGGUGGACGUCAUCACCAAUAAACUGUGGUCGUCAAGCAACCAGCCUAUUGUUAGCCUCUACGGACUUAACGAGCUCAAACCUCGUGACAAGAGCCAUGUCUUUGCUAGCAUCACCUUCACCAGAGCUCUGAGUAAAAGUGUGCAGCAUAAACUGAGAAGAAUGAACAGUGAGGUUAAUAUGGAUGGCACUCAAGUUCAAGGUCAGGGUGGAGGUCAGGGUGAAGGUCGCAUGUAUCUUAAUGAGGUUUGUCUCAAUGUUCAGCCUUGUGACAUUGUCCUGUACAGCCCAGUCAUUCUGAGUGCAGUUAACAUGAUAUUACCCUCUUCUCAGUCACCAAGAGGAACGGAAGCAGGGUCAAGGUCAAAGGGGUCAAGGUCAAAUGUUAGUGUUAUCUCAGGCAGUGCCCUCCCUCUGGCCUACCUUAACAUAAGCAAUUUUAGACUUUUCAUUCCAAGCUGUACAUCUCAGGCAGAUAUAUCCCAGGUUACUUCAUCACAAAUGUCUACCACCCAUGGUGCACCAUCACAAAUGUCUUCUGGGCUCAGUCAGUCUGAUCAUCAGUCCAGCUUGGCAACUAUACCAAGGGAACAGAUGUCUUGUCCACGUGUAUGCAGUACCUUGGAUCACGAUGUGUGCAUUGUUCAGCUGGAGACAGUGACUUUAAAACCUCAUGCUGACAACCCCUUGCCCCGACUGGUGGUGGACAAGGAAAGAUACCACCAAGCCCUCCAGUCUCACAGCACACACCAGUUGGGUGGUGAGUUAGAGGACAGGCAGUUCCAGAUGGACAUCAGUGGAAUGGCUGUCAUGACAGGGUGUUGGAAGGAUCUGAUUGCAAAAUCUAGGUCAAGGUCAGGCAGUUUGGAGGAGAAGGAGGAGAGGAUACAGAAUCCUGCUCUGGAAUGGAACCAGCUGCUACAGCGAGAUGAGGAAUCUGAAGUAAAAGUGUUCCCAUUGUGUGCCAGUUGUGACUUAAGAAUAGUUCUUGCUCCAGCUAUUGUAGAAACCAGUGUCACAAAGUCCAAUAUAGUGUGUGGCUACUCUGCCGAAGUGAACGUGACCAGUGACAUGGAUUUCUACCUCAGCACCAAUCAGGUGGGGCUAUUCUACGACAUUUUCACCACUAACAUCACAUCAGGCACAGUGAAACAACAACGCCAAAAAGAUAGGGGGCAUCAUGCUACAAGAGAGGCCAAAUCCAAAGCUAAGUCAUCCGAAAUUUCAGAAACGCAAAGCACCAUUUCUGAUGGCACCACCCAAAGGGCCGAGGCAACAUCUUCGCAGAGAUUCAGCUCCCAAGAAAAAGGGGUGAAUCCUUUGAAGGGUGUCACCCCCUUUGACAUUUUGCUAACAGCAGGGAGAAUCUCCUUCACCUGUUACUCUCACAGAGUAGCAAAGGUCCACUGCAGGAAAGACUCAACUCUUGAAAACUUACUUUCACAGAUAAAAGCAAGCGGUCACUCGGCCACUAGAAAGAGAAGUGACCUUGAGGAGCCCUUGGACAAAAUGGAGGAAGACAAAAGUGCUGAGUCAUUCUUUAGUUUUGAGCGAAGUGAAAGUGUGUAUUACACCCCACAGAACAGUAUGAGUGAAGCAAUCCAUGAGGAAAACUUGGACCAAGAUAAUGGUGGUCAAGCUGGACAGUUGGAUGAAGGAGUUAUUGAUACGGUGCCAUAUUUCUAUGCAUAUUUCUCUCAGCCUCACAGCGUGGCAUCUUGUCAUCCAGAUAGACAGAAACUGGAGAUGUCUUGUUACGAUGUCACUCUAAAGGGAGCAAAGUCUGGGUAUAUUUUAGAAGACCCUUUCAAGAUGUUGCCAGACCUUGGUGACUUUACUGCCCACUGGGUGGAGACACGUGCAGGGGAGACUGAUCCCAAGACAGGCAUACCUCCAAGUCUGUAUACUUUUAAAGCAGAAAACUUUCUUACUGGGAAAGCUGGACUUACUGUGAGUAUAGAGAGGCCUCUGAAGCUGAAACUUAGCUUGGUGCUACUGGAGCAAGUUAAAGAGUUAGUGCAGGAGACACUGGAACAACUGAGACAAAGGGAGGAGACGACAGUUGCUGCGGGACAGUCAUCAGAAACUGUGCAGCAGACAACUGGAGAAAAGGAACUGACGACAGAUUCAGAUUCUGAUCCAGCUGAGUCCACAGAGAAGGCUUCAGGGUCAGUACCAGCCUAUGUGAGAUACCUCGGUGCUAUCCGCAAUAUCAAGAUAGGCACAGUCCAGCUGGUGGUUGCCAUGACAACAGUGCCACAUGAGGAGCAUGCUGGGAUACUCAUGGCGCUGUCACAGUUCCAGGCUGGUAUCGAGCUAGAAGCUGAUGAAGGUGCUCUCUCAGUAGUCAGCAUAUCAGCCUGGCUUAGCAACAUACUGGUCAAGACUCGAUACCAGACCACUGUCCGUCCACUCCUGGGACCACUGUCCACCAGCAUGGACGCCCAGUUACAGUGGAUAGUGCACAGUGGACCAAGAUGGCUGCCACAGGUGUGUGCAAGCGUGGAGUGUGGGCCCGUGCAGAUUUGUGUCGGACAAGAGCAUGCACUGUGCAUGUUGACGUUGGCUAAACAUUGGAGUAUUUACAACAAGAUUCUACAACAGACAACUAGUGUCCACACAAAGUCUGGAUCAACAAGAGAGAGGAGGAGAGAGAAGACCAAGAAAACCAGGAAAAAUGACCAGGGAGUCAGCUCUGUGGAUGAUCUUAGAACAGGGGCAUUCCAAUAUGUCUUUACUAAUGAUACCCCAGAUGUCACCCCCGAGGCUGGAGAGAUAGUGUUUGGAUCUGAUGAAGAAGAGGAUGUGGCCUUCAUGGCCUGGUGUUAUCCAGAGGCCAGACUACUAACCAAAGUCCACAUAACACCAGUUCCCUUUAGCACCAGCCAGCUAAGCCUCACUGGCAAGGUUGACUGUGUUCUGCAGUACUGGUGCAUACUGAACAAAAACUACAUUGACUACCAACAGUUCCAAAUCACAGAGGGAAACGACUGCCAGGUGGAGCUGCCAGGUUUACAAGACAAGCCCACAGUAGCUCAAGUGUGGAGAGUACUUAUCUAUCAUGGAGACAGGGAGGAAAGAUCCCAGUCUGAGAGCCCUGACCCAGUUGUGUCACCAAUGACACUAGCAGCCUCUAUGAGGGUGGACUCCUGUAUUUUACCAGCACUGGUCCCAGCUGUGAGAUUUCAGUGUACUGCCUCGCUACUGGUGAUGAGAAUGAGUAACCACUUCCAACAUCUUGGCAAAGCAACUCCCAGCAAGCUGUGUCCAUUUUACCUGGACAAUUGUAGCCCCUCGGACCAAGAUGUCUUGACCAUUACAGUAGAUGACCCAAGCUUUGACAUGUCCAUAUGGAUGGAUGAAACUCUACAGACCACUGGACAGGUGACUGGCAUUGGUCAGUGUGAUAUUGUGGAAUACAGAAAUCUGACGACCCAAACCUUAGUGGAUCCUGUGGCUGCUAGUGCUAGCUUACAAUAUACCCUGGGGACAGAGUCCACUUUAGAAUGUGAUGUGAAGAUUGACCCUGUGUAUUUACACAUAGGACAGAGCACAGUUCACACCCUGGGAGUCAUGGUUCAGACCUGGGCACAGUUGCAGCAGACUGCCCAAGCCGAGAAAGUGAUAGUGAAUUAUUACAUGAUAUGUAACGAUACCUUAAGCACUAUCAGGUUUGGCCAAGUUGGUUCUGAUGAAAAUAUUUCUCUACAGAGCAGAGAAAUGCAUGCAUACAGUUGGAGAAGCCACAAGAAACAACAGGUUCUCCAGGUGUGUCUGGAGGGUAAAAACAUGAAGUGGUGUGAUCCUUUUGAAAUUGAGAAACCUGGCACCGUCAUCAGGACCAUUGACCACAAAGGUCACAAGGUCACCUUCCUCAUCAAGGUCAAGGUCAUAUCUGGGCUUCAGAGACAGGUUAUAAUCAGUGGCCAGUUGGUCAUAGCCAACAGACUGACCCAGCAUCUUGAGGUGAAGGUCCUUCAGCAACAACUGACCAAGGAGACACCACACAUCCUUGGAGCUAAGCAGACCCUCCCCAGCCUCGUUAUCGAGAGGUCAGAGAUCACAGGGGUCAAGGUCAGACUGAUGGGACCUAAGAUGGCUUGGUCUACUAAUAUUGAAGUGACGGGAGAAGGGAUAAAGGAAAACAAGAUGGUGAAGCUGUCAACAUCAGAUAAAAAUGGUUCUCUACAUGUCUGGUGCAGUGUCCUGGUAAAAUCUUAUGGUGAUGUCACACAGACUGUGGUACUUUUCACACCUUUGUUUGUGUUAAGAGCACACCUGCCAUCACAGCUGAUUGUGAAUGUGGAUACGCCGCGCAUGAAGAGCAUGCAGCAGUUGCUACUGCCAGGGCAUGGUGUAGAGCAGCAGCUGCAGUGUGUGGGUGGGGACGUGACGCACAUGUUGACGUUUCAACAAGGAGAUUGCAUGAAGCCGUCCAGUCCUCCAUUGUCGCUGUCUGCUGGAAUGACUGACCAGGUCACUCAUCAGUCAAUGGACACAUUGGACAUAGAGAAAGAGUGCUAUAGCUGGGAUAUGGAGAGUAAUACACACUGGCCAUACACUGACAAAGAUUUCAGUCCCAACAUUCCAGACUCCAGACAGUCAGAGCCAUACUCCCAUCCCACCCUUACCCCUCAGGCAACCACCCCAACCCUUACCCCCACCCUGGGGGGUGACCUGAGCCAGCCACACCCUAAUAUAGACCUCCAGGUCCACCUUAGUCAGAGAUGGCCGGGAUGCAAUACCCUGUUGUUGGACAUUACCCCCUGGUCACUAGUGGUCAACAGGGCUGGGAUGGGCGUGGCCAUAGUGGACAGUUCUAGUGAGAAGUUGUGGGUUAUAAGGAGCGGGGAAAUGAUGGCCCCACCGCCACUAGAAGGUGGAUUUCGUCUUGGAGUUACACAGAACAGCACCAUCUAUAGUUCAAACAUCCUGGUACUAUCAGAUGAAGCAGAAGAAGAUCGAGGUUAUCUACCAAGAUUGGAGGGCGUGGUCUACAAAGGGGGUGUGACCAAUGUGUCCAUCAUUGUAGAUGAUCAGGUAGGAAAGCAUUGUGUUACAGAGGAUAUGUUCUACAAAGGAGGUGUGACCAAUGUGUCAAUCAUUGUGGAUGAUCAGGUCCACUACUUGACCCUGACAUCAGAUGUCCACCACCACAUGAGAGUACUGACCAUACAGGAGACGUACCAACUGGUCAACCAGUCACAGCUUGACCUUAUGGUCUUAUGUGCUGAGGUACCUUUUGGACAGAACAAAUACACUUCAUUAUCUCUGGACCAUUCCAAAGCUGUGUCCGUGUCAAGGUCAAGCAGCGGUCAACCAGGACUACGACCACUCUCUCCUUGGACCAGACUGGACCCUGACACUCAGGCCAAAGAGCAUGCCAAAUAUCUUCUUUUCAAACUUCAUUGUGAAGAAAUCAGCAGUGUAGAACAGGAGUCAAGUCCUUUUAAGACAGACACACACAGAUUCAUGUGGAGUGUCCCCCUGAGAGUGAAGGUUGGAGAAUCUGGGUCAAGGUCACCAGAAUCUGGGUCAAGGUCAACCUGUACGUUCCCAUUCUAUUCUGAAGGUGCUUGGCAGAGUUGUGCAUGUGUGGUUACAUGUCAUGUGAAAAAAGGAGUGACAUAUAUUGUGAUACAGGAUGACCCGGCGCCAUCUAUAUUAUUGCAUAAUAACACAGAUACUGUACUGUACUUUGGUCAAGGUUGCCUGACUCCCGAAAUGAAAGGGGUCACUGUCCAUGAAGAGCAGGAACAAUUCCAGGAACUACCUUUGGCCCCUCCUCAUGGAAGAGCCCACUAUACCUUCCCAGAAAUCUCUGCAAGCUUUCCAGCCAUUGGCCAGAACAAAGGGAAGCACCUGAAGCUCUAUCUGGCGGUGGAAUCAGGGGCACAAAAUACAAUGUUGUGGAGUCAGGGUAUUGAUUUGGAGUCAACACGGGAAAGUUUUGUGCGUAUACCAGCGUCUAAGGAUGUUAAAGUUCAUGUUGAACACAAAGGUCAUACCAUCCAGGUGUUUGUGAACACAGUAAGCAGGGCAGAAGUCUCAGCUAAAGAAAUACGUAGCAGGAUAACACGGCAGACAACCACAGUCAUUAUGGAGACAGGAAAAGAGGAGAAACGUGCCAGUUCUGAAUCCUUUCAUCUGGUUCCAGUGGAUGUCACAGAAGAAGGCAAGACCAAUGCUGGAGAGGUUGCUACUAAUGAAGACAGAGAUUCUCCGGGAUUGCAUAUUGAAACAGCUGUUAUGUGUAAACUGGUCUGCUGCAUUCUUUCCGAUGAUGUCACAAAUCCCAGAAAGAGCACUGAAGUGUUGCGAAUCACAGUAGACGACAUCUUCAUCGCGUACUAUCCUAUAGGGGUGACACAAGUGCCACCUAGUGGUGAGAGGACAUUUGCAGUCUGCGUUGGGAACCUGCAGGUUGAUAACCAGAUGUAUAACACUGGAAACUACGAUUUUCCUGUUGUGUUGCAGAAGCAGGCAUCUUUCAAAGGCUGCCAUCUUGGUGUUGAGUUUGAACAACUACUGACAGUUGAAAAGUUGACAUAUAUGAAACCAAACUGCUUAGUCAUGGUGGAUUUGACACUGUAUCAACAAGACGACAGCUUGAUGGUGGAGAAAGUCAAUGUUGCCAUGAAACCAAUGUCUCUGUAUGUUGAGGACACCUUUGUUUAUGACAUGCUCAAGAAAAUUGACACUUUCAUUCCAGUACCACUUUCAAAGAAAACUCUUCCAACAAAACAUCUGAUUCCCAGGUCUGUGUUGGCCGAAGCUAUGUGCAUCAGUCAACCAGUCAGAUUACAGCUUCUGUCAAUCCAACCAAUGAGCUUGCAGCUUAGUGUACAUGCCUCCCUGAAGCUGUUCCUGUCAUCAGACAAUACCCCUCUGAAUUUUGGACACUUUGAAGUUGACAACAUUCAUACGACCAGUAGCACUCUGAUCAGGACCCUAGCCAUGCAUUAUGCCACUGGCGCCCUCUUUAGAGCAGGGUGGGUGGUCGGUUCACUAGAGUUGCUAGGCAACCCUACUGGACUGGUCAGAAGUAUCGGGACAGGAGUAGCCGACCUCUUCAGAAUGCCGUAUGCUGGACUCUCAAGAGGACCGGGGGCAUUUGUUGGAGGUGUGACACAGGGCAUGGGGUCACUGUUGGCUAAUGUCACAGCAGGCACUCUCUCAUCUAUCACCAGUUUUGCAUCCAGUGUAUCCAGGAACAUGGACCGUCUUUCGCUGGACACUGACCAUUCUGAGAGACAGGAACACAGCAGACGACAUCAUCCAGUAGGGGUGUCCUCUGGACUAAAACAGGGGUUCACUGGAUUUGGGCUGAGUCUACUUGGUGCCAUAGCAGGUAUAGCAGACCAACCCAUCCAGAGUCUGACCACUAUAACCCAGACUCCAACCUCACCUGCACAGAAAGCUACAGGCAUUGUGUCAGGGGUUGGGAAGGGGCUGAUGGGAAUUGUCACCAAACCCAUAGGUGGCGCUGCAGAGUUUGUGUCACAAACAGGUCAAGGGUUGCUCCAGGGUACUGGAUUAAGUCGUCUUCCAGAGCCAAGGUACUCCCCCACUGUGAGGCUGGCGGAGGAUUGGCCAAAUGCUUAUCUCAAAUUUGUCAGCAAGCUUCUUAACACACUCCCAAGUGUGGAGCUAGUCAUGGAGCUGCCUGCCACUCAGCACAUCUCGUCCAUAGAUGGCGCUCCUAUCACCCUCCUCUUGACCUCUGAGAUCCUGUUCAUCAUGAGCGUAGAAGAGGACGUCCAGCAGCAGGCGUUUGCAGUCUCGGAGAUCUCAGUGAGACAGUCGAGUAGGAACCCAUGGAUGCUUUAUCUUAAUGUGCAGGAUCUAGAUGGGGGCAAUGUUGAGGAGGAGGCUACACAUACCACCCAAGACAGGAUUGCAGAGUUCAUUCAUGGCUACCCAUCCCAGACACAACAUCGAGAUUCUGUAAGCGUUAGCGACAAUCAGUCGGAGGUCUCCAAUCCAUCACCAAAAAAAUUAAUACAGCAUCGCUUUCAAGCUGAUCCCAAACUAGCAGAACUGUUUGUGGGACUGUUUCAGCUAGCGAAGGACAAACUAUUAGGAAAGGGGUUUCAGUUAUAACUUGGUUAAGAAUAGCAUUGGAUUUUUUGCUUUCAUUAGCAAAUGAUAUGUAAAAGCUUCAAGUGACAGUUCAGUCCAUAAACAAGAAUUCUUGUAUAAAUAAACAAGAAUUUGGUCAAUUGACAAAAACAAAAUGACAGUAGCACAGUAUAUUUUGGAUGCUUAGUAAGGUGUGCAGGUAACAGUGAAUAUUGCAAAUAACUGCAUUUCAAAUUUUGUUUAUUUUAUUAUUUAUAUUUUAUUUUUAUUUGAUUUAAUUAAUUAAUUUUUUUAAAUUAUUAUUAUGAUUUUUUGUAAAAGAUUAAAAAAAUUAUGUGGACUGUGUAACAGUAAGCACAUUCAUUCAAAAUGAAUCUUCUGAAAUAUAUAACACAUCAGUAUUAUUGCCUGUUGCUUAUUUGGUAUCUUAGAGCUCACUCAGAACAGCACACUAACAAAUCUACAUACCAAAUUUGGCCAACCCAUUUGAAUGCUUGUUGCGUAAUCUCAGCGUGGAGUUUAUUUAAUGUCAUAUCUGGAAUUAAGCGGCAAGUUUUUUAGCGGGUCACCAUAUUUGAUCCGCAGAUCUGUUAGUCCACUGUUCUGAAUGCACUGUAAGUGCAACUUACAUGCACCACAUGGGUUAAGUUAAUCAUAGCUUUAUAGUGGGUGUUUUUGUGGUAAACAUUUUGGUGGGUUGUAGGAUAUUGGGCUACAAUAUUUUAAGUGCAUUGGUUGUUUUGUUGUGUUUUAAAUUAAUAGUGGAAAACAGUAAAUUUAAAAUAUUCCAAUUUGAAAUGCUUCAUGUAACAUAUACUUUAGACCCUUGAGUUGCAAAGGACCAGUGAACUAAAAGGAUUCUGGCACAGAAUACUGAAGUGUUCUACCAUGAUUCUCUUACAAAUAGUAUUUUACUUUAUAAAUUUUGUUGAGUUUGUUGGUUAUUUUGUUGUUCUUGUUCUUGUUGAUGAUGUAUUAUGUGGUCAAAAUAAGCCAAAACAGAAGCAAUUUGAUGUUUUGUUUAAACUUUUUAUCAUAUUGGUGAAAAUCUUUGUUCAAAUGCAAAUUAUUUGGUUUGGUAGUUUUGGCUGAUGGAGAACUUUACAUCUCAUAAUAAAAUGGA